AUGGCCGAAGCUUUCAAAAAAUAUUAAUCUUUCGAUUUCUCAAAGUGUAAUGAAUGGUAAACAUAUUAUACAAACCUAUUUCCAAUUCCUCCAACUAAUAAAGUAGAUAGAUUCAAACGUAAAUGGUAUAAAAACAAUAUAGAUUAAUCUUUUGACAUUGAUUACAAAGAAUAAGAAACUAAACAAUAAUAAUAAUAUGAAGAACCUCCAAAACCAUAACCUUACAAAAACAAUUCUCUUUACACUCUUGAGAACUUAUUAAAAAUAGCUGUAUUUCCAUGUUCAGUAUUAGCUGAGCCAUACAUCGUAAAAAUAUGUAUUGUAAUAUCUUCAGUAUUAGCAGUAAUAAGAAACAAAGGUAUGAUAAAAUUCUCUAAAGAAUAUUUAGCUUUAGUAAUCACUUCUGAGUUUUUCCAUAAUAUAAUAUUCACAAUAAGUAUUCCUCAUGCCUAAUAUGAAUUUAAGAAUAUUAUUAGAAGUAUAACUCCUGGACCUCUUAAGGUAGUUGUCGAGAAGUUAAUUAUGGGUUAUGAAAAACUUUUAAAUUUACUUACACCUUCUUAAUGA